AUGGAAUUUCUCCCCCCUCUUGGCCGAGAUGUCAUGGCAGCCGUGGCCCCCACCUUCAAGGUCUUUGGAGAUCUUUUGCGACAACCUGAGCGCUUGGCCCUCCUCCAAGCUACGAGGAGGGAAGAGCAUCGCUAUGGCGAUCAUCCACGACAGAUACUUGAUCUGUACCGUCCAUCAAAAGACCUGAGUCGGGUCACCCAAGGCGAAAAUGCUAGAGAGAGUCAAAUUCUCGUCUUUAUCUAUGGCGGUGGUUUUGCGAGGGGCGACAGGAUUGAGCCUGCAAUCGACGGCGAAGUGGUAUAUAAAGGGUUGGGACAUUUCAUGGCAGAGCAAUUAGGCUACGACACCGUCAUCAUGGACUAUCGCCUUUUACAGCACGGUGCGACUUUCAAUAGUGGCGGGGAAGACCUUGAUUUGGUGGUGACUUGGAUCGAGAAUACUCUAUGCCAAAAGAAUGAUGCAGAGUCCAAAAGCCCUACGGGGCGUGAUAUGGUCAUCAUGGGCAACUCGGCCGGCGGUGUGCACUUGACUUCGUGGCUUUUCGACGAUGCAUUCGCGAGCACAAGACAGAGACUAAUGAAAAGCUCAUCGAAUUUGCGCUUGAAAUCGGCAGUCAUUCUGAGUUCCACCAUGCUGUUGGAUCCCCAUGUUCCAGCAAUGCGGCCUAGCUUGCUAGGAUAUUAUGGAAGUGAGGAGGAUAUCGUCGGGAAAUCGCCCCUCAACUUGAUGCGCAGGGCCACAACGUCGAACGCUGGUGAGAAGUUAUGGCCGCAUAUCCUGCUCAUCACGACAGAAUUUGAUCCGGAGUUUGUUAGUGAAACUAGCAAGACUUUUCUCAUGGAGUGGAUCAGUAAGGGUGGUAAAGGCGACUACUGGGAGCUUAUAGGACAUAAUCAUCUCAGCCCACCGCUCGCGUUGGGCACAGGGAACGAAAAGGCUGAGGCUUGGGGGUUCGAGCUUGGCCAACGAUUAGCCCAAAUAAAGUAA